UUCAGACGAGUGAUCUUGAUCUCAUUAACACCCGCGGAACUCCAGUAGAGUUUGUAUAUUUUUUCGAAUUCAUCCCGUCCGAAUGCUGCACGGAUUAACGAUUUAUAACUGAGCGGAAGCUCGACCUCGCUGCCUGGGUACGCGAAACCUUCAAAUUUUUAACUGGCCAAACUGGGCUGGAUCGAUUUUAAGCUGGGAUAUUUGAGAAUUUAAAUAUCUUUAGUACUUGAACGAAUUUAUUGGUACAGCUCGAGUUCGUUGUUGAGAUUUACAGCGAGGAAGGUAAAAUACGAGUAUUGUCUGGAGUAUUGGCUGGUUUUCUCGCGUGUUCAAAAUAAUGAGGAGCUUUUGCGAGGCCUUAGAAAGUGUCGCGUGCCUCCGCCAGAUGAUGACGACGAUAAUGGUGCGAAAACUGAAUUCCUCACGAAUAACGGAAUGAGAUUUUUUAAUCGCUGAAGUGCAGGCCAUGAAAUUUAGCGGGAACCACGAGCAUGAAAUGCGAUGGAUAAAAUUUGCGCUAUUGGCCAGGUGAGCGAUUGAUCAUCACAUUGGCACGGAUCGAAGCGCCUCAGUUCCGGAGAUGAUAAUGGAGGAUUCACCGGCCCGGAUGCGUCCCUACCUCGACUCCUGGGACAAUGAAGACAAAUACUCGGUGGCCAAUAGCCAAGCCCCCCUCCAGGGCGCCGAGGAGGAUCACCCUGAGCGAGGCACGUGGACGGGGAAGUUUGACUUCCUCCUGUCCCUCCUCGGCUACAGCGUAGGCCUCGGCAAUGUGUGGAGAUUUCCCUAUCUUUGCUACUCUAACGGAGGUGGCGCCUUCCUGAUACCGUUCACCAUUAUGCUUAUCAUCGCUGGACUACCCCUUAUGUUCAUGGAGCUUUCGUUAGGUCAAUACGCAAGCCUGGGUCCUGUGGCGGCUUACAAACGCUUCUGCCCACUGUUACGAGGACUCGGUUACGGAAUGGUCCUGGUUAGCUCAAUUGUGAUGCUGUACUACAACCUGAUUAUCGCCUGGACUCUCUACUACAUGUUUGCCUCGGUGGACGGUAUUGGUGUUCUGCCGUGGGCUCACUGCGACCCGGCCUGGAGCACUCAAGACUGCUACACUCCAGAAGCCGCGGAGAAUUGUGCCCGACAAAAUACAACCUACUUCAGGGGAAACUGUCUGAACAGCACUCAGCUAACUGCACUUGUUCUUGGCGGGGAAAACGGAACUACAACCGUCCGACGGCCCCCGGCGGAAGAGUACUUUAACAACCAUGUCCUGGGUUUGAGCGUUGGUAUCGAGGAGACGGGCUCGAUUCGCACGCCUUUGGCGGUGUGUCUCUUCCUCGCCUGGGUGAUCGUCUUUCUAUGCCUCAGUAAAGGUGUUCAAAGCUCUGGAAAAGUGGUCUACUUCACGGCCCUCUUCCCGUACGUCGUUCUGAUUGCCCUCUUCAUCCGGGGAAUACUUUUGCCGGGUGCCGGUGAGGGCAUUCUCUUCUACCUAACUCCGGACUGGCGACGCCUGGCGUCGGCAAAGGUUUGGGGCGAUGCGGCGGUCCAGAUAUUCUUCGCCCUGAGCCCGGCUUGGGGAGGACUGAUCACCCUGAGCUCCUACAACAAAUUCACCAACAACUGUUACAAGGACUCGCUCAUAGUAGCGGUGAGCAACAUCGGCACCUCAUUUUUUGCCGGGCUCGUUAUAUUCUCGGUAAUCGGAUUCCUCGCCAACGAGCUCAAGGUGGAGGUCGCAUCGGUCGUCGACCAGGGGGCUGGACUCGCCUUCAUCGUCUAUCCCGAGGUCGUUGCUCGCCUCCCGGUUGCACGACUCUGGUCUCUCCUGUUCUUCGUGAUGCUUUUAACCCUGGGUCUGGACUCGCAGUUCGCCCUGAUGGAGACCGUAACUACGGCGAUCCUCGACGGCGUUCCGGCCCUCAGGAACUACAAGUUCUGGGUCGUCCUGGGCGCCGCGAUUCUGGGAUACGCUGGUGGCCUGAUAUUCACGACCAAUGCUGGCAUGUACUGGCUGCAGCUGAUGGACAAAUACGCUGCGAAUUGGUCGGUCCUUCUGAUAGCCAUUGGCGAGUGCAUUCUCGUCGCGUGGGUCUACGGGGCUGACCGAUUUCUCGACGAUGUUGAGCAGAUGAUCGGGCCUCGUGGUCGAUGCUGGCGUUUCUUCUGGACUUGGAUGUGGAAGGUCGUUACUCCGGCUGCUUUAUUUUUCAUACUAUUCUUCAACUGGGUAAAAUACGAGCCUCUAAGUUACGGGACUUACAUCUACCCUCGGUGGGCCGAUGCUGUCGGAUGGGCCGUCGGUCUGCUACCGGUUCUUGUCAUCAUCGGACUAGCCGUUAACCAGUUACGCGGACGUCAACAUCGACGUUGUAAGCGCUCCCAAUACCCUUACGACGAGAACGACGACGACUACGACGACGAGGUCGACGAUCUCGAUGACAUGGACGCCGAUGGAAAGUCCAAGGGACGUUCUCGGCCCUCCGUUUGGUGCCGAGCUCGGGCCCUGCUGCAACCGACCUCUGAUUGGGGCCCGGCGACACCGUUCAGGACGCAAGCGCGUACCCUACCACCCUCAUCUACACGGGAAAAUCCGGGAGGAUCUUCAUCCGGAGGAUACGACUCGGCUCGGGACACUAUCGUCCUGGUGAACGGGAAGCCGAUGGUUCAGCCACCCACGUGUCCCGGGCUUGUUACUGCUACGAAGCUACCCGGACCCUCGAUACUGAAGAACUCUAGCAAAACGGAUCUCGUCUGCACCUCGCAACAGGUCUGAGAAAAGGUUGAUAAUUGGCGGUACUUGAGGUGCGAUUUUGGUUAGUAUUGUUUAUUAUAGUUACUCGUAAGGCCGUACAAGCACUAAUGUAUAAACACGAUCACACGAGAAAAUGUUGAAUUAAAAGAUAAACAGGAAAAUUAUAGCGGCGCCUGUCGCGUAGAGCCUAUCUCUAUAGAGAGUUUCGACGGUUUGAUGGACGGUAUACUUACC